UCUGAGCGCCUUCACUUCACCCACUCUUCGUAUCCUCUCUCUCUCUCUCUCUCUCUCUCUCUCUCUUCUUCGUCUCCCUCCCAAAUCCCACACGCUACGGCGUCGACAAUGGCGGCUAAACCCUAACCCUAACCCUAACCCUAACCCCAACACUAACUCUAACACAGGUUUGAAGAAGAGGAGGAAACCCUAUCUCCGUUCUCACCACCAUGUCCAUCCAUCUCCACGCCCAUGCCUUUGCCGGAAACCCUCUAAAGACUCUCCACGCCAAACCCGACGGCGGCGGCGGCGACGGCGGCGCCGCCCUGGACGCCCUCAGAUCCCUCCUCGUCGCCGGAGAGGAGUGUGAGGCCCCUUCCCCUGGUCUCAAUCUCAAGGUGCUACCCUUCAGAAAGGGCCGGCCUUUGGCGCGAUCGGUGGAUUCGGCUCCGGAUUCGGCGCCGAAGUGGCACCUCGGGUGGGUUUCGCCGUCCGAAUUCAAGGGUUUCUCUGCCGAUUCGUUCGUGUAUUUGGGGUCCGGUUCAGGUUCGGGGUCGGGAGAGGAGGAGGACGCGGUUUAUUGGGCUAUUGAUGUUUCUGAAUCGCGGGGUGUCGAAUUGGGUGGGGAGAGGGAUGGAUUGUGCUUCGUCGAGCUGAGAACUCUGAUGGUCGCCACUGAUUGGGCCGACAUCGGCACCAUGGGGGAGUUAGCCAUUGCUGGCCAUGCCAGGGCAUUACUAGAAUGGCACCGUAUUUCGCGGUUCUGUGGAAACUGCGGAUCCAGGACAGUUCCUAUUGGUGCAGGGAGACGGAAGCAAUGCACAGAUGAGACCUGCAAGAAGAGAGUAUACCCUCGAGUUGAUCCUGUUGUGAUUAUGUUGGUUAUUGAUAAAGCAAAUGAUCGUGCACUUUUGAGCCGCCAAUCAAGAUUUGUACCACGUAUGUGGAGUUGCCUUGCUGGUUUCAUCGAGCCAGGGGAAAGCUUAGAAGAGGCAGUGAGAAGAGAAACGUGGGAAGAGACUGGUAUCGAAGUUGGCGAAGUUGUAUAUCAUAGUUCGCAGCCAUGGCCUGUGGGGCCAAACAGUAUGCCAUGCCAGUUGAUGGUGGGCUUCUUUGCAUAUGCUACAUCAUUUGAAAUUCGUGUGGACAAGGAGGAGCUGGAAGAUGCCGAAUGGCACAGUAGAGAGGAUGUGAAGAAAGCACUGACAUUCGCAGAAUAUGAGAAAGCGCAGAGAACUGCCGCCUUUAAGGUCAAUCAGAUGUGCAAAGGUGUUGAGAAAGGUCAAAACUUUCCUUCCUCGGACUUCAAUGUGGAGAGCGGUGAGCUCGCCCAGAUGUUUAUUCCUGGGCCUUUUGCCAUCGCCCACCAUCUUAUCUCUACAUGGGUUCAUGAGGGCGAUCCAGGUUACCACGAGAUUCUGCCAAAAAAGAGAGAGAGAGAGAGAGAGAGAGACAUGGCUGGGCUACAGAGAUCUGCACAAACCUUCAGAAGAUCAGGCUCAUCAGGGCUAGUUUGGGAUGAGAAGUUCCUCUCUGGGGACCCAAAUCAAAGUAAUGAAAAGGAGGAUGGGGAGAAAGAAAAACCAGAAUUCAGGGAGCUGAGGCACUCCAGAAGUGUUGGGUCCAUUGCCAUGCUGGACCGCAGCCGUGAAGAUGGAGCGAAGACUGCUUGUCCUGCUGCCAGGGAGAGGGGCGGCGGCAAGAAAGACGGGAAACAACCGGCAGCUUUUCGCACUGCAGAUAUUCCGCCUGCUGUCGACCCGCCGUCUCCAAAGGUAUCUGGGUGCAUUCUCUGUAGCAUAUUCAGAAAACCCAGCAAUGAAAAGCCUUCUAAGCCUAGAAAGCAUUAGCCUUGUUUGUAUUUUAAUUCACCAAUUUCUCCUGUUUUUCCUGAUCAUCAUGCGUGCAUGGCUUGAGAUGAGUCAUAAAAGAGGGGCAAAAAGAGAAGAAGAUAAAAGAUGGUUUGAGAUUGAGGUUAUAUUUGCAAAACUAUGUGUAUGUGUGGAUCUUUGAUGCCUAUAAAUUAUGAUUAAGUAUCAAAGAUUAAUUAGUUAGUACUUCUAUUAAUCUUAUCAAAGAUGUCAAAUCCUCUCUCUUGGGUUCUUUUCUUUUUAAUUAUAUUUGGCUCUUGCCUUUUUUUUUUUUUAAUAUUUUUCUUCUACUCUACAUGAUUUAGAGCCAUGUUCAGAUGCUUCA